AUGCUGUUGCGACUACAGUCGAUCGCCAGCUCCAUCACCUUUCAGCAGUUUCGAGAGAAUGUGUUUCAUUUGCCGAGUGGUGUCACAUUGAUAACGCUUUGGAUUGAAAAUGCAACAGCGAUGCAAUCGUUCCGCAUUGCUGGAGAGGCUUGGGUGACUCAGCUUCAAUUCAUGGACACGUCCCUCGAUCGUAUUCCAGCAACGAUCGGCUAUCUACGAUCUCUGAAUAGUUUCUCGCUGACAAGAAGCAAGCUGAAGAAUUUGCAGUUAGAUGCAGUUUUCCGUAUGCCCGAGUUGAGGAUCGACUUAUCGUACAAUCGGGUGUGGAAAAUGGAAUCUACAAGUCAACUAGCACUGUCAUCGAUCGAAUCAUUGAUUAUGAUGCGUAACAAUCUAACCAAGCUACCAUGGGAAGAAAGCUUCCAGUUGCCCGACUUGCGGGUGCUCUUGUUAGACGAAAAUGAUUUCACACAAAUGCCCAACAGCUGGGGUGAGUUGCCGAAGCUCACCACGCUUAGUUUGCAGAAAAAUCAGCUAAAAGUGUUGAGUAUGAGCGCUUUUCGCUCAUUGGCCGAAUUGAAGAGCAUCCUGCUGAGCUACAAUCAGUUGGAGGUGGUAAAUUCCGUUGGGCCCGUGGUAGUACUGCCGCAGCUGUCUGUUCUCAGUUUUCUCUACAAUAACAUCACACAGAUCGAUCUCAGCGGUUGCCAAUUCCCAAUACUGUCCAUUCUGACGUUAAGCAACAAUCUGUUUCAACGAAUACCGCGGCAGAUUUUUAGUCUAAAUCCUACCAUCUCAUUGAAGAUGUAUGAAAAUCCCCUCAGGUGUGCUAAUGUCAGACAGUUUCGCAACGAAAUCGUAGCGAACCGCUUGCGGAUCACAUCCGCUGAUGGUCAACCUAGUAAUGCUUGUUCAAAACAAUCCAUCUACAUUCAGGAGAUGAACAAAACCAUGUGUUGUGUAGGAUAA